AUGGAAAGAAAUUGCAAAUGGAAGUGGCAGCUUGUUGAGUUGUCUGAGUAUUUGUGUUUUUGUGCAGGCUUCAUUGCAAUAGAGAUCGAAGACGAGAUCGACUGUACAGGAUCAAAAUCAGCUGAAGAUAUGGACAUUGAGGUUGACCACUAUGCUGUUCUGGGUUUGCCAUCUGGUGAAGAAGGGUUCAAGCUCUCAGAGAAAGAGAUUUCAAAAGCCUAUCGGAAAUUGUUUGAUGAUCUACUCCGAGUCAAACGUGAAAAAGUUCAGCGCCAAUCACAACAUGAUUCCAAGCGUCGGAAAAUGAUGUCAGAUCUUGAAGAAAGAGAGCGAGCCGCUUUUGCUUCUGACCCCACCGUAAAGGUUCGAGAUGAAGAAGAGAGGAUUGCUAGGAAACUCAAAGAAGAGAUUGCUAGAAUUUGCGCAAUGCAUGCAAAUAAAGCAGCAUUCACGAAAUCAACUUUGAAGAAAGAGACACCGCUAGGGGGAAAGGAGAGCAUGGAUAGUGGGGGGAGUGCAUUAGAUAAGGAGAAGAUGCUUAAGCUUGAAGCCUUCAAGCUUUACUUUGUGGACCAGCAACAAUGGCUACCACAGUCAAUGCCAUCAACAUCCUUUAAAAUCAAAGACAGACAUUCUUGUUAA